CUUCUUCCAUUCCUUUCUUCCCACGGUGCUCAGACUUUGUCGUCCCCUCAGUUUAUUGUAUCUUCUGUCCCACAGACCAUCGGCUAUGACCCCAUCAUCCCCCCGGAAGUUACAGCCGAAUUUGGGGUUCAACAGUUUCCACUAGAAGAAAUCUGGAGACAGUGCGAUUACAUCACUGUGCACACCCCCCUCCUCCCGUCUACCACAGGUCUCAUUGAUGAUGCCGCAUUCUCGAAGUGCAGACGUGGGGUCCAGGUCAUUAACUGCGCCCGGGGGGGGAUCAUAGAUGAGGCGGCAUUGCUGAGGGCCCUGGAGAGCGGGCAGUGCGGAGGAGCGGGGCUGGAUGUCUUCACAGAGGAGCCUCCUCGGGAUCGGGCCCUCAUAGACCAUCCUCUGGUGAUCAGCCUCCCGCACCUUGGGGCCAGCACACACGAGGCCCAGAACCGCUGCGGGGAGGAGAUUGCUCUGCAGAUUGUGGAUCUGGUGAAGGAGCGGGCUCUUGUGGGGGCGGUCAACGCUCCGGCUUUAACCAAGGCCUUCUCUGCAGAGACCAGACCAUGGAUCAGGUUGGGUGAGGCUCUUGGUCGCCUUCUUCACUCCCUGUUACCAGAUGUCCGCGGUGAGGUCCACGUGGCCACUGCAGGGGGCGCUCUGAAGAACUGCGGCUCCUUCCUCUGCUCGGCUGUUGCCAUCGGACUUCUCCAAAAUGCGGACAAGAAAGUCAAUCUGGUCAACUCCUGCUUCUUUGCCAAGGAAGUUGGAAUCCAGGUAACUUCCCGAUGCUCCUUGGACUCUGCAGAGGCGAGGUUGGAAGUGUCGGGAGGAGGACUGAGUGUAAUUGGGGGGCUGAGUGGUGACACCCCCUGCCUGAUCCAGAUUGGACACUCCCGCUUCAGAUGUCCAGUAUCAUUGAAUGGGACCAUACUGCUGUGGACGGGUGAGACAAAUCUCCCGAAACUUGUAGACGUUCUUGCAGCAGCCGGGAGUCGACUCCAGACAUUCCAUGUGUCCGAGGGGUACAGUGUGGCCGAAAUCUCUGCUCCUCUCCCAGAUCUGUCAGCCGUGGGGUCCUGCCUCCAGAUCACGCUGCCCGCCUGAAGUCUCUGCUCUUAUCCCUCAUAACCAGACUGUAUUAGAUCCAAUUAAACAUGAAGCUUCUGGUU